CCUCAGGUGCGGGAGGAGGGAGGCACCUGCCUUCCCCGGGGUCACAUGAGCGAGAGGGAAGGCGGAGCUGGCCAGAUCGCAGCCCUGGGAGGGAGCGGACAGAGGGACAGGGCCGGUGGUGAAACCCUGGGGGCUGCCCGGUUCCCGGUCAUCCCCAUCUUCAAGGGCCCCCCACGCCCCCCAACGGCCUGAGGACGCCAGGAAGCAGGAGGUUGUGUGACAGUUGCACCAGCAGGAUUGUGAUCCCUCCAGGGAAAGGGGGAGUGACUCCCCCAUGUCCUCCCCUCCCUCCCAGACACCCGGGGGAGCGAUGGCGGGCUACAGUCACUCCUUGCUCCUGGCCGUGGCCCUGCAGUCCCUGUUACAGCCGGCCCUGGGCCAAACCACGAACAGGAGCACCGUGACACCCACAUCCGUAUCGGGGCUCACGGAGUCGGAGCGGCUGGCGGCCAUCAUUGUCCCCUCCCUAGUCGGGGGUCUCCUGCUUAUUGGACUUGUGAUCUUUGGGGCGCUCAAGGUGCGGGAGAGGCGGCAGACAGAGGGCACCUACCGGCCCAGCAACGAGGAGCAGGUGGGUGCUCGGGUGGUGACGAACGCUAACCUCCAACUGCCCCCCGAGGAGCGGCUGAUCUGACCCAGGGGGAGGGGGGGGUCACACACACCCCCUCCCCGGACUGGCAGACUCUGUACCGGCUGGACCCCUGUGGUUGCACAUCUGGAGGGGGGGGGGCAGCUCCUUGCUCUCCGCUGGCUGGAAGGAGCCAAGGUCUUCGUCGCUGGAUGCAUCGGAUUUCCAUCUGCGCUCUCCUCCUGCGGGGGUGGAGGGGUGCUGCCCAGUGAAACACCUGGCCAUGCUGGUGCUGCGCGACAUCGCCCCCUGGUGGCAGAAGCGGCGGGAACCUCUGCUGCUGCGCUGGGAUAUUGGCAGAACGCUCACACCUUGCGCGUGUUUCCACCUGGCUGAACGCUUUAUCCCCUCCACCCCCGUCUGCGUCUCACAUGUGUCCUGUAAUCUCCCCUACCUCGGUCUGCGUCUGUCUGGCCUGGGGCCGGCUGCAGGGGGGUCACCAAGCCGGCCCCAGCUCGCAUUGCAGGCUGCAGAUGGGGAGUGACUCUGCAUUGGCACCUGGGCUGGUGAAAGCGAGGCUGGCGCGGCAGCGAAGGAAGGGGAAGCUAGAAACUCCUGCCUGAGCCGCCGGGGAAGGGUUUGGCUUUAAAAAAAAAAAAAAAAAAAAAAAAUCGCUGAAGGGAAACAGCAGUGUUUAAAAAACCGACCCCCCGGGUUAGUUAAUACACAUCAGCCCUACUGUAGCCUGAGGUGCAGACGGAAGGUAGGGGUAGAGAGGUUUAAGUCCCUUCACUGUUGUGCCUCAGUUUCCCCAUCUAUCACUCCCCCUCUUCCUGGUGCUCUCCCGGCUACAAAACCAGCAGCCUUCUUGGUGCAUGUGGAAGGUGCCACAUCGCUCUCUAGUGGCUGGUGAAUGCAGAGGAUAAUAGCCUCCUGCGGCUGUCAGUGAUGGAGCCGCUCCUUGGGCUGGGCUGGGGUUACUGGACUCAGACCGAGGGCUGCUGAUGGGGUCAUUUCUCAUGGUGGGGGGAGGGGUGAAAUACACUAAUA